UUGAGUCUUUUCAUACUUGUGUGUAAUUUGUGUUAAAAAUCUUUAAAUUUACAACAAAAAAUUAAGAAAUACCAUUAAAAUUUAAACAAAUUGCAAAAGAAAACAUAAAAUUUUAAGAUAUUUGCAAAAAGAAAAACAAAUUUAAAGUGUAAAAGAGAAAUUGCGUGAGAAAAUUUGCGCGCCAAGUUUUGUAGCAGCAAACAACUUAAGAAAAAUUAAAAAAGAAAACUUAAAAGCUAAAGCAUGGCUCAGAUACAGGAUUUCCAAGAUUUAGUUUUGGAUGCUUUAGAAGUGGUCGAAUUCAAAUUGAUACGCUCUAAAUCGGAUUUGGAAAAUGAAGAAUUGGCCUUUCACCCUUUAAUGGCCCAUCAAAUUUUUGGCGAAUCUGAAAGUAUAUUUGGUUAUCAAGACUUAAAAGUACGCAUAUUGUAUACGGCCGGACCGUUGCACAUUUAUUUGGGCAUUGAAUAUGGCAAAAAAGUGGAUGAAUUGUCUAAGGGAGAUAUUAAGGCUGAUGAUGUGGUGGCAACUAUAGCAGAAAAACUACCCGAUGGUUGUUAUUUUGUAAAUAUGGAUGAAUUUCUUAAGACCCUAGAUAAGGCUGAUAAAUUUCAGCCUUUUGGUGAGAAACUCUGCGAAUACAAACAACAGGAUGAGGAGAACAAAGAAAGAAUCUUUGAAUUUUAUCAUUGCAACUAUAAACAACCUUCGUUUCUGAAGUUUUUCUCACGUUUGCAAACAUUUGUAUUGUGGUUUGUAGAUGCGGCUUCCUAUAUAGAUGUGGAUGAUCCUCAAUGGUCUUAUUUUAUAUGUUAUGAAAAAUUCAAAAAUGAUAAUGGUGUAGAAACCUACGCUACUGUGGGCUACACUACCGUCUAUGAGUAUUAUGCCUAUCCUCAAAAUAUACGACCUCGUAUUUCCCAAAUGUUGGUAUUGCCUCCGUUUCAAAAACUUGGCAUAGGAACCAAAUUUCUAGAAACAAUUUAUAAUUUCUAUCAAAACCAAAAAAAUGUUAUUGAUAUCACAGUGGAAGAUCCAUCAGAUGAUUUUCAACGUAUGCGUAAUUUUGUCGAUUCCCGUCUAUGUAAGAAAUUGAAGAAUUUCCAAAAGGAAGAACUUAAAAAGGGUUUCAACAAAGAAAUGAUCAAAGAGGCAAGAGAAGCCUUAAAGCUAAACCCUCGUCAGUGUCGUAAAGUGUAUGAAAUUUUACGUUUGUUUUAUACUAACAUACACGAUAAAGACGAUUACACCUCCUAUCGUUUGGAUGUUAAAAAACGUUUAAACGCCGUUUAUCACAAACAAUUAAGUGAUAUUAAAAAAAUGGAAAAAGCUAAAAUGGACACUGAAUGGCUGAGGGCUCGUUUGCCCAAUACGAAGUUGCGCAUUGAACAGCUACAGGAGGAAUAUGAACAGGUUGAAAAGGAUUAUCUGCAGGUUGUGGAAAAAUUAAAAGUUGUUUGAAGUAGUUUUAUUAUUAAUUUUUUUUAUAAUUUUUGUCUCAUUUGUAUUACAAUGUUUAAUUUUUUAAAUCAUUUUCUUUCACUUCUUAAAUUUUUUUGUUUACUCAUUUUUUAACUUAUUUUAAAU